AUGAAACUUGGAACCAACUGUAUAUUAGACAAUUGCAUUUCAUAUGAAAAUGGAAUAUGUCGACAAUGUGAAGAUGGUUACUUUUAUGAUGGAAUAACAAAAACAUGCAAUUCAUGUGGUCUUAAUUGUAACAAGUGUGUAAAUAACACUUAUUGUUAUCAAUGUUCUUCCAAUGAUAAUAUUAUAAGAAAUGGGGUUUGUGUGAAUUCCAAUUGUCUAUAUUCGAACAGUGGAAAGUGUGUGAAAUGCGACAAAGGGUAUUACCUUUCAAGUGGAAAUUGUGUCGUUUGUAACAUUCAAAAUUGUGAUUAUUGUUCGACUCAAACGACAUGUUCAUUGUGCCAAGUUGGGUAUUAUUGGGACGGGUUUUCUUGUAUGAACAACAAAGGUUUUGUCAACACAAACAACAAACUGAUAUAUUGCACAUCAGCUACAGACUAUUUGAGUGAUGAUAUAUGCAAUAAUUGUACUUCAGAUAUUUACAAUUGUGAGAUGUGUAUGGAUGGAAAGUGUAUCAAAUGUCUUGAUUAUGCCAUAUACACCAAUGGAGAGUGUUUAACAGAAUCGUCGUGUAAUUCUAUAACAAACAAUAAAUGUCUUUGUAACUCAGAAUCGAUAUAUAAUGGGAAUGCUUGUAUUUCGAAAAGAGAAAAUUGUUCAUAUGAUAGAUUAAGUGGGUGCGAUGAAUGCAUUGAAGACCAUCAUCUUGUAUCUAACACGUGUACGCUACAAGUUGAACAAAAUUGUUCUUUUCAAAUGUUAUCCGCUUGCAUUUCCUGUGAUUUUGGAUUGUAUUUGGAGGGUGAUGGCAACUGUGUUGAGUGUCCAAUAGAGUGCACAUCGU